AUGGAUGCCAAAUUUGAUUUAGUGUCUGCUGCGUUGGUUGGUGGAAUUGUCGCUACCAUUGUCAUCUCCAUCUUUACUCAACAAGAUUCUGAUAUUCAUCCUGCCAUUCUCAGAUGUCAAUCCCUGGCUUCGGCUACUCGAAACCCUGGAGAAUCUGCUGUUUACAGAAACAAACUAACUCCCCAUGGAACUCGCUUCCAUACGACCAUUGAUGGCCAUUCAACUGCUUAUAACGCAUUUCAUGCUAAUGUGGUCAAUCUGGCUGAUCGUGAGUUUAUUGGCUACAAACUUGGUCAAGAUUUCAGUUGGAUCUCGUUUAAAUCAGCUGCAGAUCGUGUGCAGUUUGUGGGUGCUGGGCUAGUCAAAGUUGCCGAUUUGAAACCUAUUCUUUCUAGUGAAUCGGAUCCUUGCAGUGAAAAUAUGAUUGGCAUUCAUCUCUGCAAUUCGCCAGAAUGGUUGAUCAUCGAUUAUGCUGCAAUGAGCUAUGGAUUGGUGUCAGUUCCAAUUCAUCCAAUGUCCACUGAUGAUAAUCUAAAAUACAUCAUCAAUCACACUACAAUGAAAGCAAUUGUUGUUGACAACUCACAUUUGAACAAGAUCUUGUCUAUCGUACCCUUUUGUCAUUCACUCAAGAUUAUUGUGGUGUCAGACACGAACAUCCUUGAUGAAACAGAUAUACUCAAUGCAAAAUCCGCUGGAAUCAAUCUUAUUACUUUUAUGGCUCUUGAAACAAUUGGAAAAAAUCAUCCGUUGGAUUACCAUUCUGCUAAUCCCAAGGACGUGUUUACUAUUGUAUACACGUCUGGUACAACUGGAAUGCCCAAAAGUGUGAUGCUUCGACAUGAAAAUCUUAUGUCAAGUGGUGCUGGCGUUCUUAGUAUGAUUGAAAAACCCCUAAAGAUUGGAACAUCUGAUCUACAUUUGUCUGUUCUUUCUUUGAGCCAUAUUUAUGAGCGUUUAAUUACUCAUACUGUUGCCGCACUUGGUGGUAAAAUUGUUUUUACCAAAUCGUAUGGUGAUGUUUUAGCAGAUGACAUUCGUACUAUGCAGCCCACGAUUUUCCCAACUGUACCGCAACGACUUGCAUGCAUAUAUGAACACAUCAAAUCAAAUGCUGAACAAAGUGGAUUUAUUAGUAAGAUGAUAUUUGAUACUGCCUAUGCAGCCAAAAAGCGGUUGCUUGAUCGAGGAAUAGUUACGCGCAAAUCCAUAUGGGAUUAUAUGGCGUUCAGCAAGAUCCAAAAUGAAUGGGGAGGUAAAAUCAAGCUGAUCAUCUCUGGUGCUGCGCCAGUUUGUUCCAAGACAUUGCAAUUUCUGCGUAUUGUGUUUGGCGUUAAUGUUCUUGAAGGAUACGGUCUUACUGAGACAUGCGGUGCUGGAGCAAUAACCACUCUAGGAGACUACCAUUCUCAUUUUGGUUCUUAUGUUGGUGUUCCCUUUUCAUCGCUUGAAUUCAAGCUGAUGGAUGUUUCCGAUAUGCAGUAUUUUGCAACUGACGAAAACCCAAGAGGAGAGAUAUGCCUGCGUGGUCCAACAAUCAUGAAGGGAUAUUUUAAAGACUUGAGCGAGACUGAUCGAAUGAUUGAGAAAAGCAGUGGGUGGAUGCGCACUGGAGAUAUUGGCGAAAUACUGCCAAACGGUACACUGCGAGUGAUUGAUCGCAUCACGAACCUAGUCAAACAGCCACAUGGCGAGUAUAUUGAACUAACAAGAUUAGAACAGGCCAUGCAAAGCAAUUACCUGUCUCAGCUUUUUAUUCAUGCUGAUCCACUUACAAUGAUGACUGUCGCUAUUGGGUUUCCUCAACAUGUCGAGCUUAUCAAAUGGGCCAAGACACAUGGGUUUGAACAUUUAUCACUUGAACAGUUAUGCAAGGAAGAACAAGUUAAAACUCUUAUUCAUGACAAUCUAAUUUCGACUGGUAAAUCAAACAAUCUGCUUGAAAACGAGAUUCCAAAAGCAAUUCAUUUGUGUUCUGAGCAUAUGACUGUUGAAAAUGGACUAUUAACAGAAACAUUCUGCACAAAACGAUUUGCAGUCAUCAAGCAGUUUUCAAAAGAAAUCAAAGCCAUGUACGAUGUCAUCUAAUACUAACUAGUUUAG